UUAUCUAUAGUACCCGAGUGCCGGCCUUGCCGAACGUAAUAAUUAAUGAUUUUUUAUUUUAAUGAAACAACCAUAAGAAUAUAAGAUUGUUGUCUUAGAUCAACAACGAAACCGACUAUAUUAAAUAUUACUGCAGUAUGCUAUAUUCUAUUAUAAUUUACAAAACGGUAGAUCGAGGUUAAAGGUUUAAACAGUGGUUAUUCUAGAAGAAAAAUAUUUUGAUCAUUAUUUUUAGUGUGAUGGAAAAAAGAGAGUGGCCACUAUUUGUGUAUGGUGGGCUAUCAUCCUGUAUUGCUGAAUUUAGUACUUUUCCUAUUGAUACAACCAAGACUAGACUGCAAGUUCAGGGGCAAUUGGAUGGACAGUUCAAUAAAAUUAAAUACCGUGGAAUGGUAGAUGCUUUUUGUCAGAUUUAUAAGCAAGAAGGUUUCUUGUCACUUUAUUCUGGAAUAAGCCCUGCAUUAAUCCGUCAAUGUACAUAUGGUUCAAUCAAAUUCGGAACAUAUUAUACAUUAAAACAAGCAACUAAUGAAUAUCUACAAGUGACCGAAGAUGUAGCAGUAAAUUUUGGAUGUGCUGUAUGCGCUGGAAUUAUAUCCGCAUCUAUUGCUAAUCCUACAGAUGUGCUAAAAGUCAGACUUCAGGCUUUGGGUCGAGAUAAAACGGGAAUUUUUUUAGAUACCAAUGUUUUUAAAUGUUUUCGUUACAUUUAUGUACAUGAAGGAAUCAGAGGUUUAUGGAAGGGAGUCGGACCAACAUCACAAAGAGCUGCAAUUAUUGCAGCUGUUGAAUUACCAGUAUAUGACUAUUGUAAAUACAAGUUGAUGGACAUUUUUGGAAAUCAUAUAUUUAAUCACUUUAUUUCAAGUCUUAUAGCUAGUUUUGGAAGUGCUGUUGCAUCUAAUCCUAUUGAUGUUAUAAGGACUAGACUGAUGAACCAAAAGCACAAUAGAAAUACGGAGGUUGUUCAACAACACAUCUAUAGAGGAAGUAUUGAUUGUCUAAUAAAAACUGUGAAGUAUGAAGGAGUUAAGGCACUGUACAAAGGUUUCAUUCCCACUUUCGUUCGAAUGGGACCCUGGAACAUAAUAUUUUUUGUGAUUUAUGAAAGACUGAAAACAAUCUAAGUUUUAAGCUUUUAAAAUCUUUAUAAUAUAGAGUAUCCACUAUCCA